UGCAUCAACUUUUACAUAGACAAACUUUUAAACUUUCGGCAGUCGAAAAGAGUAUUUCUUCUUAACGUGACAGGCUGAAUUCCAAAUAUUUAAUACGUUUCUGACGUUGGAAAUAGAUGAAGAAAUGGGUGAGAGUAUUGUUGAUAUCAAGGAAGGGGUACAUAUUACCCAUGAUGAUCUUGUUUCUUUCAGUUCUGAGGAAAAAUUUGCAGUUAUAGACGUUAUCGAGCAAUUCAUAGAUGAAAAAGAAGUUUACGUAAGGGAAAAUUACAUAAUUAAGAUGGAACAAGGAACGUCCAAUUAUCAAUCCACCUCUAUCACUAAAGAAAUCCCCCAAGUAUUAGAUCCACUGAUUAAUAACUCAGAAUCCGUUCACUUGAAGCAGCAUGAAUGUUGUAAAAGUCAAAUGGAGGAUAAUGCAGAUAUGGAGGGUGAAGAAAAUGAUUAUUCUUCCAGUCCAACAGAUCAUAAGAUAGAAAGUGAAAAAUCUGCUAAUAACAAUAGUCACAAGUGUGACUUAUGUGAUUUUAUCACAAAAAGAAAGGACACUCUUAAAAAGCAUGUGGAUAUUGUUCAUUUGAAUAUCAAGAAACUCAAGUGUAAUUUAUGCGAGUAUGUGACAAGUAGGAAAGCGUACCUUCGAAAUCAUGUGGAUUUUGUUCAUUUGAAUAUCAAAAAGUACAAGUGUCACUUAUGUGAAUAUGCAGCGAAUAAGAAAAGUUGCCUUGAAAUUCACAUUAAGUCCGUUCAUUUGAAAAUUAAGGAUCACACGUGUCAUCUUUGCCCGUUUGUUACGAGUAGAAGAAGUUGCCUUCAGAAACAUAUCGAAACAGUUCAUUCAAAUAGCAAGGCUCACAAGUGUCACCUAUGUGAAUAUGCUGCGGUUAAACAAAAGGACCUUGAAGCACAUGUUAAAUGUGUCCAUUUGAAAAUUAAGGAUUACAAGUGUCAUCUAUGUGAAUAUGCUGCGGCUAAACAACCGGACCUUGAAGCACAUGUAAAAACUGUUCAUUUGAAAAUUAAAGAUCACCGAUGUGACCAGUGUGACUAUGUUUCAAGUAGAAAAGGCGUCCUGCAGAGGCACAUCAAUUCUGUUCAUUUGAACAUCAAAGAAUACAGGUGUCACUUGUGUGAAUAUGCUGGAAACGAAAGAAAAGUCCUUAAGGCACAUGUGAACUCUGUUCAUUUCAAAAUUAAGGAACAUAGAUGUGACUUGUGCGACUACGUUGCAAGUCGAAAAGGCUGCCUCCACAGACACGUCAAAACUGUUCACUUGAACAUCAAGAAACACAAGUGUCACUUAUGUGAGUUUGCUGCGUGUGCAAAACAGAAACUUGAUGAUCACAUUAAAUCUGUUCAUUUAAAAAUUAAGGAUUUCAAGUGUCAACAAUGUGAUUAUGAAACAGGUCUAAAAUCUCAACUUCGAAGACACAUCAAUGUUGUCCACUUAAAAAUCAAGAAUCACAGGUGCCACUUGUGUGAAUAUGCUGCUAAUAGGAAAUGUUACCUUGAACAACAUGUGAAAUCAGUCCAUUUUAGUUAAUUUUCAGUUUUAUAGUACUUUUUUGAUGACACUUUUGUCAAUGUCAAUAAAAAAAAAUUAUCAUUAUGCUCAGUUCAAAUAACUAUUGUCAAUUUUGUGAUUAUACCUAAGAUGUCUAAAAUGCUGGUGUGUGCACUUGUCACUUUUUGCAAGCAUCAACAUUCCAGAAAAUCGGAGAUAUGGGAUCAGUUUCGUGGCUACUUAUUAUUAUUAUUAUUACAAUAAUCUGUAAUCUCUACAGAUCAAUGAGAUCAAAAAAUGAACUGGACCAUUUUCUCAGCUGUUGAUAAUAAAUGAAUAAUUGUGAUUUA